AUGACCAUUGAUGCAGCUUACGCUGUGGUUGAGACUACUGGUGUAUUCCCAAUCGGACAAACUGUAAUUGAAUACAUCUUUGUCGACUCUGCUUCACCAACAUCAAAUGAAGCUACAUGUUAUAUUACAUUACAAAUUGAAGAUGAAGAAAAGCCUGAAAUUGUAGAUUGUCCAAUGGAUAUAACAGUUAACACUACCAGCGGACAACCGGUUGCUGUUAACGUUACAUGGACAGAACCAACUGCCAAUGAUAACUCUAAACAAACACCAGAACCAGAGUCAGACUACACCUCAGGUGACAAUAUGUUUCUGAUUGGUCACACAACAGUGCAGUACAAUGUAUCAGAUUCAAGUGGUAACUUCAAUGAUAGGUGUAAUUUUACGGUUACUGUUGAAGACAAAGAACUACCUGUUCCUAGUUGUCCAUCACUAGUAACUGGUGUUACUGAUGAGGGAAAACCAAAUGGCACCGUAAACUACAAUAUUACCGUUAUGGAUAACGUUUAUGUUGCUAUGUUCUCAACAAACUAUACAAACAUCAACCCUGCUGCAAUGACCAUUGAUGCAGCUUACGCUGUGGUUGAGACUACUGGUGUAUUCCCAAUCGGACAAACUUACAAUGUAUCAGAUUCAAGUGGUAACUUCAAUGAUAGGUGUAAUUUUACGGUUACUGUUGAAGACAAAGAACUACCCGUUCCUAGUUGUCCAUCACUAGUAACUGGUGUUACUGAUGAGGGAAAACCAAAUGGCACCGUAAACUACAAUAUUACCGUAAUGGAUAACGUUCAGGUUGCUAUGUUUUCAACAAACUAUACAAACAUCAACCCUGCUGCAAUGACCAUUGAUGCAGCUUACGCUGUGGUUGAGACUACUGGUGUAUUCCCAAUCGGACAAACUGUAAUUGAAUACAUCUUUGUCGACUCUGCUUCGCCAACAUCAAAUGAAGCUACAUGUUAUAUUACAUUACAAGUUGAAGAUGAAGAAAAGCCCGAAAUUGUAGAUUGUCCAAUGGAUAUAACAGUUAACACUACCAGCGGACAACCGGUUGCUGUUAACGUUACAUGGACAGAACCGACUGCCAAUGAUAACUCUAAACAAACACCAGAACCAGAGUCAGACUACACCUCAGGUGACAAUAUGUUUCUGAUUGGUCACACAACAGUGCAGUACAAUGUAUCAGAUUCAAGUGGUAACUUCAAUGAUAGGUGUAAUUUUACUGUUACUGUUGAAGACAAAGAACUACCCGUUCCUAGUUGUCCAUCACUAGUAACUGGUGUUACUGAUGAGGGAAAACCAAAUGGCACCGUAAACUACAAUAUUACCGUAAUGGAUAACGUUCAGGUUGCUAUGUUUUCAACAAACUAUACAAACAUCAACCCUGCUGCAAUGACCAUUGAUGCAGCUUACGCUGUGGUUGAGACUACUGGUGUAUUCCCAAUCGGACAAACUGUAAUUGAAUACAUCUUUGUCGACUCUGCUUCGCCAACAUCAAAUGAAGCUACAUGCUAUAUUACAUUACAAAUUGAAGAUGAAGAAAAGCCCGAAAUUGUAGAUUGUCCAAUGGAUAUAACAGUUAACACUACCAGCGGACAACCGGUUGCUGUUAACGUUACAUGGACAGAACCGACUGCUAAUGAUAACUUUAAACAAACACCAGAACCAGAGUCAGACUACACCUCAGGUGACAAUAUGUUUCUGAUUGGUCACACAACAGUGCAGUACAAUGUAUCAGAUUCAAGUGGUAACUUCAAUGAUAGGUGUAAUUUUACGGUUACUGUUGAAGACAAAGAACUACCCGUUCCUAGUUGUCCAUCACUAGUAACUGGUGUUACUGAUGAGGGAAAACCAAAUGGCACCGUAAACUACAAUAUUACCGUAAUGGAUAACGUUCAGGUUGCUAUGUUUUCAACAAACUAUACAAACAUCAACCCUGCUUCAAUGACCGUUGAUGCAGCUUUCGCUGUGGUUGAGACUACUGGGGUAUUCCCAAUCGGACAAACUGUAAUUGAAUACAUCUUUGUCGACUCUGCUUCGCCAACAUCAAAUGAAGCUACAUGCUAUAUUACAUUACAAAUUGAAGAUGAAGAAAAGCCCGAAAUUGUAGAUUGUCCAAUGGAUAUAACAGUUAACACUACCAGCGGACAACCGAUUGCUGUUAACGUUACAUGGACAGAACCGACUGCUACUGAUAACUCUAAAGAAACACCAGAACCAGAGUCAGACUACACCUCAGGUGACAAUAUGUUUCUGAUUGGUCACACAACAGUGCAGUACAAUGUAUCAGAUUCAAGUGGUAACUUCAAUGAUAGGUGUAAUUUUACGGUUACUGUUGAAGUCGUUGACUAA